AUGACCGAUGGGCCGGGAAAACAACCGGACGACUGUCCUGUCCUGGCCGAUGCCGACGGGACCGAUAGGCCGUCAGCAGCAUCUUGUGAUGAUAGCACCCAAACGCUAUGCUCAUUCGGUCGACAGCCGUCUUCCACACAUGGUGGUGAGUUGCAACGAGUCUUGGACAAGGGAUCAAAUCUGUCAGAUACCCAGCUAUCCGGACUUUCAGUCCUCGACAUGCUCGAUCUUGCUGUCGGUGACUGCAUGUCUACAUGUUGUAUCACCACCUUUUUGGGACUGUUGCACAGAGACAAGUCCUGGACGCAGCCAGACACACGGGAACAGAUGAACACUGCAGUGUCUCGCGUCAGGUAGAUAUGCCACACGUGCAGAGGAAGAACAAGCCCUUUGAUCUUGCGCCGUGGCUGUUGGGCACUUACACAUUGCGGGGGGGGGAACUUUUGUUGGUUUCAUAGUAGUGUUUCCUUUCUGGUCGAGGCGGCCCAUCGCAACCCGAUCAAGUCUCAGGUCAUCGCAGUCACCACGUUUUUUUGCAUUGUUUACAACCAGAAAAGAAGGAACAAGAAUCAAAG